CUCCGCUCUUAUCCAAAUUCCACUCUUCUUAUAAAAAGGACACACCUCAUCAGACUUGGAUUGGAUCAACGACAACUAUGGCUGAUCUCUCUCUUCCUCCAGAUUCUCUCUUCCUCGGAUUCGACAGCUCUACCCAGUCCUUGAAAGCAACAGUGUUGGACUCAUCCCUCAACAUCGUCACGACCGAACUCGUUCACUUCGAUUCCGAACUUCCUCACUACAAAACCAAAGAUGGCGUUUACAGAGACCCCACCGUCAACGGCAGAAUCGUCUCCCCUACCAUCAUGUGGGUGGAGGCACUCGAUCUCAUCCUCCACAAACUCUCCUCAGCCAAUUUCGAUUUCAAGAAAGUCAUCGCCGUCUCCGGAAGCGGCCAGCAGCACGGCAGCGUCUACUGGCAAAAGGGAAGCUCCCAGAUUUUAACAUCUUUGGAUCCCAACAAAUCCUUAAAAGAUCAGCUCCAGAACGCUUUCUCUUUCAAGGAAUCUCCGAUUUGGAUGGAUAGCAGCACCACUGUGCAGUGCAGAGAGAUUGAGAAUGCUGUGGGAGGGGGUAUGGUGUUGUCUGAGAUCACUGGCUCACGUGCUUAUGAGCGCUACACUGGUCCUCAGAUUAGGAAGCUUUUUAGUACUGAGGGUGAUUUGUAUGAGAGGACUGAGAGGAUUUCGCUUGUUAGCUCGUUUAUGGCGUCUUUGUUGAUUGGAGAUUAUGCUUCCAUUGAUGAGACUGAUGGCGCUGGGAUGAAUUUGAUGGAUAUUAAGAAACGUUGUUGGUCUAAGGAAGCCUUGGAGGCUACAGCUACGGGUUUGGAGGAAAAGCUUGGAAAGUUGGCACCAGCUUAUGCUACUGCUGGUUCCAUUUCUCAGUAUUUUGUUCACAGAUACGGUUUUGAAAAGAACUGUGUGGUUGUGCAGUGGUCGGGAGACAAUCCUAAUAGUUUGGCAGGUCUAACUCUUAGUACUCCUGGAGAUCUUGCGAUAAGUCUUGGGACCAGUGACACGGUAUUUGGGAUUACCAAAGAGCAUCAACCGAGUCUUGAGGGCCAUGUGUUUCCUAAUCCCGUGGAUCCCGGGAGUUACAUGGUAAUGUUAGUUUACAAAAAUGCUUCUCUCACCCGUGAAGAAAUUCGUGACCGUUGCGCUAAUGGAUCUUGGGAUGUUUUUAACAAGUAUUUGGAACAAACACAGCCACUAAAUGAUGGGAAACUCGGCUUUUACUACACUGAAAAUGAAAUCCUUCCCCCACUUCCCGUUGGCUCUCAUCGCUACGUUCUCGAUAACUUCUCUGGUGAGUCUCUUGAGGGUGUAAAGGAACGAGAGGUCAAAGAGUUCGACCCUCCCUCAGAGGUUAGGGCAUUGAUUGAAGGCCAGUUUCUUUCAAAGCGAGCUCAUGCUGAGAGAUUUGGUAUGCCUUCCCCUCCAAUCCGAAUUAUUGCCACAGGAGGUGCUUCAGCUAACGAGAAUAUUCUGAAUCUGAUCUCGGCAAUCUUCGGAUGUGAUGUAUAUACUGUCCAAAGGCCUGGUAAUACUUGUUACAUACGAACAAGUUGCAUCUUCCUUGCUUACUCGCUGAUCAUUGGAAACUUGUGUGUGUUUUUGUGCACAGAUUCAGCAUCACUUGGAGCUGCACUGAGAGCUGCUCAUGGCUGGCUCUGCAACAAAAAAGGAACCUUUGUGCCCAUCUCGUGUCUCUACGAGGGGAAAUUGGAGAAGACUUCUCUAAAUUGCAAGCUCAAGGUAAAAGCUGGAGACGCUAAUGUGGCUUCAAACUACGGUUUGUUGAUGAAGAAGAGGAUGGAAAUAGAGAAGAAGCUUGUGGAGAAGUUAGGACACUUCUGAAUAAAUAAAUAAAAUCUCUGGUCUACUAAGACGCAUAGGGCUUUAUAAUUGUUAAUAAGAUCUACUAAAAUACGCUUUGCUUGUUGCUCGAAAUAAAUAAAAAUUGUUUCGUUCAGUCGAAGCCCUAUGCUUGACAUUGGAGCCUGGAGUCCACAUGUGACGAUUUUUAAAUCUUGCCUUAAUGUCGAUUCUUACAGAAACGAUGAUUCGUUAGAGAUUGAAUUCUUUUGAUAAUUUAGUUGAUGUAAAACCUUUCGUUUAUAAUUAAAACCUCGUC